GUCGAGAACGGGGAGCUGAAGAAGCAGAACAAUGAGCUCAGGAAGGCCCUGGACAGGUCGCAAGAGCAGCUGCGCCUGGCUACAGAUGCCGUGAGCCGCGGCAAAGCCUACAAGGAGGAGAUGGAGAAAAAAGUAAGCUCCUUAGAGGGCCAGAGCCACGACUUGGCUUCCGACAAG